AUGGGCGUACUUGAUGAUAUUAUGCUUGACUCUCGGCUGGCCAUGCAGCAGCUCCAGUAUUUUGCCAGGACAUACCAGCCGGAAGCGGCAAAAGGGCUGUUGCAGGUCAUGCGACAAUCUAUACUUCAACCGGAUUUGCUGCACUACAACGCGGCCCUGACAGCACAGCGGCGUGCUGAGCACUGGCAGAGUGCUCAAGUGAUGCUGUGCGAGAUCUACCAGGCUGCCAUGGAGCCAACUACAAGGAGCCUCAAUGCCUUGCUGGGUGCCUCCAAGCUAUGGCGCCGCACGGCUCUCCUUCUGCAAGCGAUGCGCAGCAGCUACUCGGGUGAUGCCUGCAGCUACAGUGAUGCGAUGAAUGCCUAUCGCCGUGGGUCCCAGUGGAAUCUGGCUCAGCAAAUCUUUGCAGAGAUGCCCCAGAAGCAGGUGCAGCAGAAUGUCUUCCACUUCAACGAGGUCAUGUGCAACAUCCUCCAGGAGGAGAAGCAGUGGGUCUUGGUGCUUCAACUCUAUGAUGCUAUGGGUGCGACUGGAGUGAUUGGGGACGUGACGCUGCGGAAUUCUGCGCGUCGACUGGGCAAUUGGCCUCUAGCCUUGUCCUUGGGCAUUGAGGAAGUGGUCGGAACCACUGCUCUGUUGAAAAGCGUGGGUUCAGGCACCGCCUGGUCUGCAGCUCUAAACUUGCUGGCGUUGGCGAGUGCACGAAGGCUCAGCGACGGUAUCUGCUUCAAUGCAGCUGCUGACAGCUGCAGUGGCAUAUGGCCAAUGGCAUUUCACCUGUGCCAGGUGGAUGCUUUUGGCCUAGCAACCGCUGCUUGUGCGGCUGAAGCCGGAGAGGCAUGGCGGAUGGCUUGGCAGUUGGAGGCCAAAGCGCAGGCCUUGGGCCUGGAGAUCGGCCUGUUCGACAGGCCAACACUGCCACCAGCUAGCCAAUCAGGCAACAGGCCCAGCUGGCAGCAGACCUUGCAGCGGUGGCAGGCCUUUCAGAGGUCCAAUGGGCUGGAUGCUUCCAGAUGGCAUGAGGCACUUCACAUGCGAGGAGGCAAUGCAAACACAUUGUUGACCGUUGCUGCCCGUGCUGCAGAUGUGGAGCAGCAGUGGGAAUUUGCGCUGUGCGCAUUUCUGAAUUCGUCUUGUGCCAUGAGUGGGACCAGACUGGCCAACUCAGUGGCCACUGCAUGUGCCCGUCGGCUUCAGUGGGCGGAAGCUUUCAGGUUUUUGGGCUCUAUGCCUUUGUGGAGGAUGGAGCCCAGAGCAGCAGGCUUCAAUGCUGCAAUCAGUGCCAGUGCUACAAGCCGGCACUGGAUGCAAUCCUUCUGGAUGGUCCGACGCAUGCUUUCUCAAAAGCUCAUACCAGAUGAAAUCAGUUUUGGCACCCUACUAGACUCGGUGGCCGAAGACUGGAGACAUGAAGCCUUUGAGGUGUUGAUGAGUGUUGAGAGCUCUGUGGCACCCUGGUCGCCCAGCUUCCUCCCAUGGGCGAUGGCCAAGCUCAGGCUUCGUCCAGCCCCGGCACGCCUCGUGCACGCCUUUGCCGCGGCCCUCCGCGGCACGCGGUGCCGGGCAGCCGACGUGGUGGCGCUCGCAUGGGCGGCGGCGACGUUGUGCGUCUACAGCCGGCCACUGGCACAGAAAGUCGCCACAGAUGCGCGACAGUGCAUGGCAGACUUCAGCAAUGAGGAGUUGCGGGUCUUGGCAGUUGCCCUUCAAUCUUUAAACCCUCAGCUGCUGCCAGAGAUUUGGGCCGAAGUGGCCAGGCGCUUGGAGACUGGAGCUUGGCUUACCUCAGGGUCAGAUUGGCAGGACUUGCUGGGCGUUCUGGGUGCGCGGCCCCUCAAGGCACGAGAGCCUCGUGCCGUGACCUUUGCACCUGGGGGAGCAGAGCCUCAGGUCCUCCUCGACCUGAGCGACCGGGUCGUGGUGUUCAAGCCGGUGGGCUGGGAAGUCUACAACGACCAUGGCCACAUGCAACUCAUCGACUUCGUGCGAGCAAAAGUGGGGGACUUGAUGAUCUUCCGGGAUCCCAGCAGAGACAUGGGCUUCUUGCACCGCUUGGAUGUGCCGAGCUCCGGUUUGCUCUUAGCUGCGAAAGGCUAUGAGGCACAUGCGGAUCUCCAGCUGCAGCUUCACACAGGUCAGCUGCAAAGAGAAUACAUUGUCCUUUGCCACGGCUUCCUCCCCGACAUGCGUCGUCUCAUUGACGCCCGGCUCUGGGACUUGACGCCUCUCACCGAAGCGGGGCUCGGAAAGGCGGCGUCGACACGGAUGAAGGUCGCUUCGUAUGUUCACUUUCCUGCCGGUGCUUUGGCCUUGACAGUGGUCAUGAUCAGGAUUGACACUGGCCGCAAGCACCAGAUCAGGAGCCACAUGGCGCACGUUGGGCAUGCGAUUCUCCGUGAUGGACGGUACUCCAGUGUAGCAACGUUCCGUGCAGAUCGGGUCCUUUGCAAUGGCAGCUUUUUGCAUCGACAUCGACUGCGCUUCGCAGCAGGUGGCGAGUGGUCCCCUUGCCUUCGGAAUUGGAAGCUGCCCUGCGGCGGCUGUUUGCUGGACCUGCUGGACCUGCUGGACCCGCCGCGCGCGAAAGCCCGAACCUUGGCGGAGCCUUCUUCAAAGGGCACCAAAACCAUUCGUGAGUACAAGAAGAAUUGA